CUCUUGUUCUGCUUUUUUGAGUUAUCUAUGACGCCGGUAACGGUUUUGUAUUUUUUGGAUUCAAAAAUUGGAAAGUGAAGAAUGAAAUUAUUAUCAAUCACAAUCAAAUUACUAUACGAUUAUUCCGAAGAAGAAAUGACUGAUUUUAGUAAUUAGCUCCCGUAUUAGUGAAAAUGUAAUUUUAAAAGAAUUCCAGCCACUAGUGGUAGUUGGUGACUUAGUUUUUAGUUUUAUUAUUGUCUUUCAUUUUUAUCAAUUGCCGAGAUGUCUCAUUCAAACGAUUUUGCCGAAAGAAUGUCCAUUUCUCCUUCUACCAGUACUCAGUGUCCUGAAAAUUCUUCACCAAUGUCCAAUAUGCCUAAUAAUAUGAAAACUUUGUGUUCCAAAAUCAUAUCUUCGUGUAGGAGAAGUAGUGGAGCGUCAUGUUCCAUGACUCCUGAAAAUAAAUACUGCAGGUCAAGCUCUCCGUUCAUAAGGCGUAAGGGUCCUUUCAAUCCAUUUAAUCGAAAUCUAAAAGAACGUUUAGAAAAUCCUAUUUUUAGCCCUAAUGUGUUUUCUACUGUUAUUAGUCCUAGUCAGGAUUCUGAAGUGUUCAAAUGGACAAUCGAUGAUCUCUCAAGAAUAAACCCGGUUCCAAUUGAAGAAGAUGUUCAUUGCGAUGAACACACUGAUGAGAAAACAGAAAUGGAAAUGCAGAAUUCUAUUGAUAGAUAUUUCACUAAAACGCAUAUGCCUAGUCCAUGGAGCUGCAAAUUACCGACAUGCUGGGAUAGUUUGAGAGAAAUUUUCAAAGCAGAAGGUACCAUUUGUUCAAAUGAAUAUAGCAAUAUGUCGGUAUCUCAAUCUUCUCCGGUUUCAUUUUCACUCUCGCGUUUGGAAUUGGUUUCUAAUGAUAGCCUGAAUUUAUCUCAAGAUGCUUCAACUCAAACGGCCCUGAGCUUACCUCUUGAUUUACCUGAAUCUAUCAACACCGCAUUGAAGCCAUAUUCUACCGAGAAUAACGCGGAUGAUAUAAAUUUGAGUUUGAAUUCGUUGAGAAGAAAAUUAUUUUUCCAACAAGAAGAUGACAAAUUGCUGUCUCCUGUCAGAUUUUGUAGUAGUAUAAAUGGAAGUCCUAUGGUAAAUAGAUGCUACCCUUCCACGCCAUUGUUUCGUAGUCGUUCUGAAGAUUCUCCCAUGCAAAAAUUUUCCACCCCUGAUCUUUCACCUAUCGGUCCUUGCCGUGAUAAAUCGUGUGCUAGAGUCGACGCGAAAACGCCGUUGAAAGCUCUAGAAAAUAAUCAGUGUACCGAAUUGAAACUGGAAGAAACACCCAACACUAAACGUUUCAAUCAAGAAUGUUCCAAAGUUUUCGAAUCUCCGAAAUUGACGGGAAAUCUUAGACGCAACAGAAAGCGACGCAGGUCGUUGUCUAGCGAUAUGAACACGUCCGUUUCUUACUCGUCGUUUCUUGCCAAACAAAAAAUUUCUUCCAGCAAACGAUCAUUUGGAGAAUCUCGCAUGUUAUGUGAUACUACGAACGACGCUUUUACCGAAUCUCAAGAUACUGGAUAUCAAACUGAAAGCGUCUAUCAUUACACAUUCGGCGCUGAGAAAAAUUUCCCCAGUCAUAGUUUAAACAUAAGGUCGUUAGCGUUGGAAUGUUGGAAAAAUGGAGAUGAAGAAAAUCGUCGAGUGGAAUCUACUCCGACACAUCAGUGAAAAACUCAUCGUAUUUUGAUUUUUUUUCAUACAUACCAUGAAGUUUGUGUUCAUUAAUUUUUAUGGGUUUUUAUCGAUAAGAACUCGCAUAGUCAAUUUUUUAAAAGCAUUAAGUCAUCUUUUGAAUUCAUAUUAUUGAAUUUUAGUAAUAUACCUGUGAACAGUCUGUAUAAUGGCGAUUGGCUAUUUUAAACGUGAAAGUGUAUUUUAAUGAUUGUAUCGUGUUACGAAAUUUUAUCUCAUUUUUGUAGUGAUUUUUAUUUAUUUACUUGAUGUAUUCGUUUUUUUCCAUUGUGUAAUAGCAUUUUGUACUUUAUAUUUUAUUUAUUCAAAUUUUUAGAUGAAUUUUAAUAUUUCGAUAUUUUAUUUCGUAAAUGGUUAAUUAGCAAUAUUUUACUCUUGUUGUCAUUUUUAAAAUUUUUCGAUGUGUAAGAAUAUGAAAUGAAACCAUCAUUAAUGAUAGAUAUUUAAUAAAAUGUAUUGCUCUAAAA